GUGUCAACAUUUCGGACGGUUUGGUCUACUGCCCUUAACAAAAAAAAAAGUGUUGUAUUCAAAUCGACUGACUUGAAGGGUGUUUCACUUCACCUUAAACCGUUUCAAACUUCUUAGAAGCCACGGAAGAGCAAAACUCGAUUCUACUUUGCGAUCGAUUCGGCCUAACAACGUCGCGCUGGUCCGCGUUUAAUAAAUAAAAAUAGUAAGAGUCGUUAACAAUUGAAAUAAGCGACUUUAAUUUGCGGUAGAUUGCACCUUGAAUGUGGAUUUCGCGUUUUAUAUGUGAAAAGAAGAAAAAUGAUUAUCGUUAACAAUGUUGGUCUUGUUAAGUAACGGGCUAAAUGUUAUUAACUGUUGAAAUAACCGGGGUUAAUUUGUGUUAAAUAGAGUAUGAAUAGUUGGGUCGCCAAUGAGGCGAUAAAGAUUAAGUGGAUACAGUGGAUACAGUGGAUACAGUCAUUGGUUUAUGUUCUUGGUUGACCUUGAAUUGGUUAUGUCGAUUGGUUAUGUUCUUGAAGUGAAGCAAUUAAUUUCGGAUACAGUGGAUACAGUGGACACAGUCAUUGGUUAUGUUCUUGGUUAUAUUCUCGUCCUCGGUUACAUUCCCUGGGUGAUAUAACGCACUAAACGCUCUAAUUUCAAGACUCACGGAAGAAUUCCAACGGAAUCCAAGAUGGCGUUCAGCGAGGUCAAGGAGAACGGCCCGAAGGUGGCGCUGAAACGCGAAUUGGGACUCUUCAGCGCCGUCAGCUUGAUUCUCGCAGUGAUGAUCGGGUCCGGCAUCUUCGUCUCGCCAACCAGUGCCUUGGAGAGGUCAGGGUCAGUAGGGUUCUGUUUGAUAAUCUGGGCAUCCUGCGGCGCCCUGUCCCUGUUGGGAGCCUUGGCGUUCGCUGAGCUGGGCACCGUCGUGCCCCGUUCAGGAGCAGAGUACGUCUUCUUCGUGGAGGCCUUCGCUCCACUUCACCACUACCUGGGCCAGCUGCCAGCCUUCAUCUGUUCCUGGGUCUACGUGAUGGUGCUUCGACCGGCUGAAGUAGCCGUGGUGAUCCUAACUUUCGCGGAGUACAGCGUCCAGCCGUUCACCAUCUUCAUGGCGGACAUUCCCAAGGCGUCCAUGGUCCAGGUGAAGAAGCUCAUCGCCCUGCUGGCCCUGGGGCUGAUCACCUACAUCAACAUAUCCAGCGUGAAGCUGUUCGUAAGGGUGCAGAACGUCUUCACCGUGUGCAAAGUAGCAGCCUGUGUGAUGGUCAUCUCCGGAGGAUUAUGGUGGCUGGCUUCCGGGAGGACGGAGCUGCUGAAGGACCCCUUCGAAGGCACCAUCGCUUCCCCUGGGAGCAUCGCCCUGGCCUUCUACAGCGGCCUGUGGGCCUACGAUGGCUGGACGUCGGCUACCAUCGUCACCGAAGAGGUCCAGAGACCCGAGGUCAACAUCCUUAGGAGCAUCCUCAUCGCCGUGCCCACCAUUUCCAUCCUCUACGUCUCCAUGAACCUGAUGUACAUGUCGGCGCUGACCAUCCCGGAGAUGAUCGGCGCUCCUGCUGUUGCUGUCCUCUGGGCGGAGAGGGUCCUCCCAGGGUGGAUGGGCUUUGUCAUUCCUCUUGGAGUCGCUCUGUCCACCUUUGGGUGUGCCCUGAGCAUCCAGUUCGGCGUCUCCAGGCUUUGCUACGUCGCUGGACAGGAGGGACAUGUUCCUCGCAUUUUUAGCUUCGUACAUGUCACCAGGAUGACCCCUGCUGCUGCUGUCGCCUUCCAGGGGAUGCUCUCCCUGGCCUGCAUCAUGCUGGGGAACAUCGUCGAACUUAUCGAGUUCGCUAGCUUCCUCACUUGGGUGUUUUAUGGACUGGCCAUGAUUGCAUUGUUGGUCAUGAGGAGGACCAAGGCCGAUGUUCAUAGGCCGUAUUCCGUGCCUACUUUGAUCCCAUGGCUGGUGCUCUUGGUGGCCAUCUUCUUGGCCGUCUUACCCAUUGUCGAGGACCCUUCGCCGAAGUACCUCUUUGCCGUGGCCUUUAUCCUUCUGGGAAUUGGGGUUUACCAUUGUUACGUCUUCAAGAAAAGAAAGAGCUUCUUUAUGAGGAAACUGACGUUCCUUGCUCAGGUGUUGUGUAUGGUGGUUCCUUCCGACCAAUGCGACGACUGAAACCAAUUUUAGACAAAGUUAAUUAACGAAGUGACAAUUGCAACAAUCAAGCUGCAGUUAGGGGUGGAACAAAUUUCGAGCUAGCUACUGGACACUUAUAAAUUGUUUGUAAAUAAUCCUAGCCUUCCACGGUCAAGUGGCUGCGAGAAGAAAACGUACAAACCUGUGAUUAUGUCAUAGAACCAUUCAUAUUAUACAUCGAAAUGUCAAAAUAUUUAUAUCUGUGCUCGAUUCAGGAUGCAUUGCCGGUUUUCCUUACUUAGCAACAUAACAUUAAUUUAUUCCCAUGACUGAUUAGCGACGCAGGGGAAUAAUGAUUAAUUAAUAGAAGUGAAAGCCCCUUAAAUUUGUAUUUCCUUUAAAAUAGACGAUUCUUGAUACCCUGCAAAGAGGAUUUCUUGAUGAUUGGGUAUUUCAGUAUUAUAUCUCCUAAGAAUUGUAUCUACUGUUGCCAUAAUCUGGUGGCAUUUACACUGUUAAAUGAAAUAUAUAUUUAGAUAACAAAUGAA